UUCAAUCCAAGAGCAGCCUUCCAUCCACCCACCGAAACACAGGUCCACCUACUCCUCCCCCUCAAAAGAAACAACAACACUCAGGGCGAACAAUAGCAGACACAACCACCCAAAAACACAAACAGCCAACGAGACAAGAAAAGCCCAGCCCGAAAAGAUGGACUACCAGAACCGCGCCGGCUCCAAGUUCGGCGGCGGCGGCGUCGCCUCCUUCUCGGCCACCAACGCCGACCGCCGCGAGCGCCUCCGCAAGCUCGCCCUCGAAACCAUCGACCUCGACAAGGACCCCUACUUCUUCAAGAACCACGUCGGCUCCUUCGAGUGCCGCCUCUGCCUCACCGUCCACCAGAACGACGGCUCCUACCUCGCCCACACCCAGGGCAAGAAGCACCAGACCAACCUCGCCCGCCGUGCCGCCCGCGAGCAGAAGGAGGGGAAGCAGAACAUCGACCCGGCCACGGGCCUGCCCAUGGGCGUCUCCGGUGCCGGCUUCGGCGGCGCCGGCAUCCGCCGCAACGUCAUCAAGAUCGGCCGCCCCGGCUACAAGAUCACAAAGGUCCGCGACCCCGUCACGCGCCAGCAGGGCCUGCUCUUCCAGCUGCAAUACCCGGACAUCGCGCCCGACGUCGAGCCCAAGUGGCAGGUCAUGAACGCCUUCACCCAGCGCGUCGAGGAGCCCGACAAGAACUUCCAGUACCUCCUCGUCGCCGCCGAGCCCUACGAGACGUGCGGCUUCAAGAUCCCCGCCCGCGAGCUUGACAAGCGCGACGACAAGCAGUUCAGCUUCUGGGACCCGGACGCCAAGGAGUACUGGCUGCAGGUCAUGUUCAUGUCGGAGCGUGAGGAGAGGUACGUCGCCGCGCCGGGCACGAGGAGGUGAGGUCCGCGUGAUU